CGCCUUUCCUCGACGCCCUGGCACGCCGUCACGCUCUGUUCUGGCCGUACUCUCACCCGCUGUGUAGCAAUGGCUUCCCGGAGUCAGAGGGGCCGGUGUGGCCAGUCCCGGCCCGGGGCAGGGAUGCUGACAGAGCCGACAAGGAGCUCGGCAGAUCUCCGCAAUUCCCGCGCACAGCAGGAGCGCUGCCUGCCCGGCGUGAGGGGAGAGCCCCUCGGCAGAGACGAGAACUGUGAUUGGCUGUCCCGGGAGGGCCGGCCAAUGGGGAAGGCCCUUACAUGACAUGCGAGGUGUCCCUCAGGCAGGUGGCGGCGUGGGCAAUGCCCGCGGUGGUGUCCGUGUGGCCGGGGGUUCUGUGGGUGACAAUAUGCUGUAGCUCAUGUUUUGUGUUCAUGGCGGGGGCGGGCAGGACACGGCUUACCACGAUCCUGGGAUCUCUGGCCGGCGGAGAGCGGCGCAGCGUCGUGUGUGUGACCGGGCCCGAUGGCGUGACCGGGCCCGAUGGCAGAGGCGGCUGUGAGCGGGUAAUGGCUGGUACAGCUGACGGUCGGGAGAGGGGCGGUCUUUCUUUUUCAAAUGAUUUGUUGGUUUAAAGUCUUGUCCUGAUAGCAACUGCUGUCGUGUAGGAGUGCCUUUCAUGAAAAACCAGUUACCGUAACCAAGCUCCCAGGGGUCUGUGGCCUCUCCCGUCGUCCUGCCUUUUUGCACUGAGAGCUUGUGUUAGUACCGGGCUGGGAAUGUGGCACAGUGGGGUUCAGGGCGGGGGGCGCUUAGGGGAGGAGGUUUGCUUGGACGAGAACUUGCUCCUUCUUUGGUUGGAUGAACCCUGUGAGCUUCCUUCUUCCUUUGGGAAAGAGCAAUGUUGUGAGGGUUACUUAUAAUAGAAAGGCGUUUAUAAGCGAAAGAAAAGUUAAUGAUAUUUGGCAGAUGUUUAUGAAGUCCAGUUAGGGUUCAUGUAUUACUCUCUUUUAAAUCAUAACUAUGAACAGAAACGCUUUUCUGGCCUUCUAAUAGCUCACUAAAAGUAACAAUUGUCAUGUCUUGCACACAGUAUGAAAGUCACUAUCGCUGCAUGUUCAAGAGCAGGGUGUGAGGUAAGUGUAUUUGUCAUGUGGACAUAAUUCCAGCUGCCCAGUGGGACCUGCUUUGGCUUCAGUGCAGGAUUGCAAAUCUCAAAUGCAGCUGUGUGAACUAACAGUAGUAAAUAACCUCCCAGCAAGCAGCCAGGGGUAGGGGGUUGGUCUGCUUUGCAAGGAAUUUUGGUCAUUACAUUAGAUUCCUAGAACAAAAACCAUUUAUGGAAAAUCAGUAGACAAAAUACUGUGCCCAUUUAUCAACUUUUUCUUAUAAUGAUGUGUAUUUGCCUGUUAGUUAAUUGUUAAUUAUUGCAUGUUAUUUUUUUCUGAUUAACUGGAAAAGUGAAUUUCUGUAAUCACACAGUAAAUCUCCAAUUCACCUCUGCUGAACAUCUUAUGCCUGACUCGUUCUCACCAAAGGAGGUGUGUUUUGAAACUGAGAUUACAAAAACAAAGUAAUAAGAAUAGAUCCUACCUCCUUACUUAUUUUUUUUAUUAUGUCGUUGAUGUGUUCUUACUUACAGGCAUUUGUCCCUCAGACUGAGGUGAGAUUUUUUCCCUCUGUUAUGACACUAUUUUUCUAUCCACUCAAGAAAUACAGCCUAUUUUUUUGGCAGAGGUUUUUAAUAUUUAUUGUUUUCAUAUUACAUAAUUUAAAGUUUUGUUUAGCUGUGAGUGCAUAGCAGCAGAAUAAUUUUACAUGGAAUCCACCCUGUUUUGUGCUUCCCAAAAUAGCUCAUUGUUUUAAUUUAUAGGAAUAAGAAACGCUAACUGCUUUGUGAAAUGAAAAUAGUUUUAUGGACUCUGUUAACAGGAACUUUAAACAGAACAGAACAAAGUCCUUCUACAAAGGAAGGCCAUGCCAGACUGAUGGCAUGGCCAAAAAAAAGAAAUAAUUGUGCACUAGGAACAUUUUUUAUAACUGAUGUAAAAACUGUUAUUCCAAUUAAAAGUUUGCUGUAAACCAAAUAAUAGUGGAAGACUGCAAUGUGCAAAAUUAGGCAAUCUGAAGGAAGAAUUUUAUGAGUGGGAGAUAUGAAGAAUUUUAUCUGAGAGAAAUUAGUUUACUAUUUUGAAGAACAUGAUAAGAUCUAAACAUGAAGUUUUAUAGUAGCAGAUACUUCAUCAGUGCUUUUCCUGCGUGAGUUUGCUUAGUAAGUUUUUCUCUUUGCAUACACUUCUGCUUUAUAUCCAGUGAGUGAGAUACAAAAAGUGUAAGCCACAGGAGUUCUGUGUACUUCAGGGAAGUAAUGUUAUUUUAUAUCAUCUUAGGAAGCUCUUUAUGAGAACAGGAAAAGGAAAAAGCUGCAUAGCCUCUCUCCCUGUUGCAGUUCCUCCAAAGCAUCUGUUAAUAAUAAUGCAAAAGUGCAGAAGACAGGAAGAGAGGGAAGCAGUGAACAGGUUCCUGCCACACUCUCCUCUGAAUGUUUGCACAGUGUUGUUUUUACCAGGUGUCCUGGUGUCCUUAUAAAAGAGCCUGCCUUCUCUGUAAUGUUGAGACAUUUUCUAGGAAAUUGCCAUGGCAAGAAAAAUUGCAUCUCUCCUCUCCUCCUCUCUCUGCAAAGAAUAUCCUAUUAUUUGUGAAAGGUUGCUGCAGCAGUGCUUUGAGGAUAUGUAGUUUACAGAAGAAGUCAACUCUUCACCCAGCAGUCCCCAGUGACCUCCAGAGUGCUAAUUCUCAUGGGUCAGAAGGCUUGGAUAGAGAAGACCUUUUCUAAAAGAGAAUGCAUCUAUAUAAUUGCCAACAACAAAGAUGGUACCAGGUGCUGCUGUGGCCAGCUCAUUAACCAACAUAUUCCACCUCCUCCAAGUAUAACAGCUAAUAAAAAUGAAGAAGAAACAAAGCAAGUGGAAGCUCAGCCAGAGAAAUGGUCUGUCAGUAAACACACCCAAGCAUACCCAACUGAUGCCUAUGGAAACCUGGAAUUCCAGGGAGGAGGACAUUCAAAUAAGGCCAUGUACAUCCGUGUGUCGUAUGACACUAAGCCAGAUUCCCUGCUGCAUCUCAUGGUGAAAGACUGGCAGCUGGAACUGCCCAAACUCUUAAUCUCUGUCCAUGGAGGCCUCCAGAACUUUGAAAUGCAACCAAAAUUAAAGCAAGUGUUUGGAAAAGGUCUGAUAAAGGCUGCCAUGACCACAGGAGCUUGGAUUUUCACUGGUGGUGUUAGUACAGGUGUCAUUCGUCAUGUGGGAGAUGCCUUGAAAGAUCAUUCUUCCAAAUCCAGAGGACGAAUAUGUGCCAUAGGAAUUGCACCAUGGGGCAUUGUAGAAAACAAGGAGGAUCUAAUAGGAAAAGAUGUAACACGAGUUUACCAAACAAUGUCAAACCCUCUAAGUAAGCUUUCUGUGCUCAACAGUUCCCACACCCACUUCAUUCUGGCAGACAACGGCACAUUAGGUAAAUAUGGAGCUGAAGUAAAGUUACGGCGUCAGUUGGAAAAACACAUUUCCCUCCAGAAAAUUAACACACGACUGGGGCAAGGUGUUCCUGUAGUUGGGCUCAUAGUGGAAGGAGGUCCCAAUGUGAUCUCCAUUGUCUUGGAGUGUCUGCGGGAAGAACCCCCUCUCCCAGUUGUGAUCUGUGAUGGCAGUGGGCGAGCAUCCGACAUUCUGUCAUUUGCGCACAAGUAUUCUGAAGAGGGAGGGAUAAUAAACGAAUCCCUUAGGGAUCAGCUUCUAGUUACCAUCCAGAAAACCUUUAACUACAACAGGAAUCAAGCUCAUCAGCUGUUCGUCAUUCUUAUGGAGUGCAUGAAAAAAAAAGAACUUAUCACCGUGUUCCGCAUGGGCUCGGAAGGGCAGCAUGACAUUGAGAUGUCCAUCCUAACUGCUCUCCUCAAAGGUACCAAUGCAUCUGCUCCAGAUCAGCUCAGCCUGGCUUUGGCCUGGAAUCGUGUAGACAUUGCACGCAGCCAAAUCUUUGUCUUUGGACACCACUGGCCACCUUUAGGAAGCCUUACAGCUCCUGAUGGUACAGCUCCUGAGAAGGAAAAGAAAUCUCCAGCACCUCAGACUAAAGCAGGCAGAGGGAAAGGAAAAGGGAAGAAAAAGGGAGGAAAAGCAAAAGAAGAACCAGAAGAAGAAACAGACCCAAGAAAACUUGAACUCCUGAACUGGGUGAACUCCCUGGAGCAGGCUAUGCUGGAUGCACUGGUCCUGGAUCGAGUGGACUUCGUGAAACUGCUUAUUGAGAAUGGAGUGAACAUGCAACACUUCCUGACUAUUCCUCGACUGGAGGAACUUUAUAAUACUAGGCUGGGUCCGCCAAAUACACUUCAUUUGCUAGUCAGAGAUGUGAAAAAGGGAAAUCUUCCACCAGAUUAUCAUAUCAGCCUAAUUGAUAUUGGUCUUGUCCUGGAAUAUCUCAUGGGUGGAGCUUACCGCUGCAACUAUACUCGGAAAAGUUUUCGGACUCUUUAUAAUAAUUUAUUUGGACCAAAGAGGCCAAAAGCUCUUAAACUACUGGGGAUGGAGGAUGAUGAGCCUCCCACCAAAGGGAAGAAGAAAAAGAAAAAAAAGGAGGAAGAGAUUGAUAUUGAUGUGGAUGACCCAGAAGUGAGCCGCUUUCAGUACCCCUUUCAUGAGCUGAUGGUGUGGGCUGUGCUCAUGAAACGGCAGAAGAUGGCCCUGUUCCUUUGGCAACGAGGGGAGGAAUCCAUGGCCAAGGCACUUGUGGCUUGUAAACUCUACAAGUCUAUGGCCCAUGAAUCUUCAGAGAGUGAGCUGGUGGAUGACAUCUCUCAGGAUCUGGACAACAACUCAAAAGAUUUUGGCCAGCUGGCUGUUGAACUCUUGGAUCAGUCCUAUAAGCAUGAUGAGCAGAUUGCCAUGAAACUGCUGACAUAUGAACUGAAAAACUGGAGUAAUUCUACCUGCCUGAAGUUGGCUGUGGCAGCUAAACACAGGGACUUCAUUGCUCACACCUGCAGCCAGAUGCUCCUAACAGACAUGUGGAUGGGGCGACUGCGCAUGCGGAAAAACCCUGGCCUUAAGGUUAUAAUGGGAAUUCUUUUCCCUCCCACCAUCCUUUUCCUAGAGUAUCGGAGUUAUGAUGACUAUUCCUACCAGACAUCAAAAGAAAAUGAGGAAGGAAAAGAAAAAGAGGAGGAAAAUGCGGAUGCAAAUGCGGAUACAGGCUCCCGAAAGGGGGAUGAAGAGAAUGGAAAGAAAAAACAACAGAGCCUUCCAAUUGGAACAAAGAUCUAUGAAUUCUAUAAUGCUCCUAUUGUCAAAUUUUGGUUCUACACAAUAUCAUACCUUGGCUACUUGAUGUUAUUUAAUUACAUCAUCUUGGUGCGGAUGGAACGGUGGCCAUCAGUCCAGGAAUGGAUUGUCAUCUCAUACAUUGUGACAUUGGCCUUGGAGAAAGUCAGAGAGAUUCUGAUGUCAGAGCCUGGCAAGCUGAGCCAAAAAAUCAAAGUUUGGCUCCAGGAAUACUGGAAUAUUACUGACUUGGUGGCUAUUUCAGUAUUUAUCAUAGGAGCAAUUCUUCGCCUGCAGAACCAGCCUUACAUGGGUUAUGGAAGAGUGAUUUACUGCGUAGAUAUCAUUUUCUGGUACAUUAGAGUACUAGAUAUCUUUGGUGUGAACAAAUAUCUGGGACCUUACGUCAUGAUGAUUGGAAAGAUGAUUGCAGAUACACCAGGAUCAUCCAGAAAACCAUCAGCUGUGCACAGGAGAUGGUAUAGCAAUGAUUAUAUCAUGUCUUUGCAACCACAGACGAGAAUAGUCAUCAUGCUUGUGGUUCUGAUGAGCUUUGGAGUAGCUCGCCAGGCUAUCCUGCACCCAGACGAGGAGCCCUCCUGGAGACUGGCUCGCAACAUCUUCUACAUGCCCUACUGGAUGAUCUACGGAGAGGUGUUCGCUGACCAGAUAGACCUCUAUGCCAUGGAAAUCAAUCCUCCUUGCGGGGACAAUCUUUAUGAUGACGAUGGUAAACGCCUCCCUCCCUGCAUCCCAGGGGCCUGGCUCACUCCUGCUAUUAUGGCCUGCUACCUUUUGGUAGCAAAUAUCCUGUUGGUAAACCUGCUGAUUGCUGUCUUCAACAAUACCUUCUUUGAGGUAAAAUCAAUAUCCAACCAAGUCUGGAAGUUCCAGCGGUACCAGCUGAUCAUGACAUUCCAUGACAGACCUGUCCUGCCACCACCAAUGAUUAUCUUCAGCCACAUCUACAUAAUCAUCAAGCGGAUCUGCUGCCGCUGCAAGAAGGGUGAUGGAGACCAGGAUGAGCGGGACAGGGGACUGAAAUUAUUUCUGAAUGAUGAAGAGCUAAAAAAAUUGUAUGAGUUUGAAGAGCAGUGUGUAGAAGAAUACUUCCAGGAGAAAGAGGAUGAGCAGCAGUCAUCUAAUGAUGAACGCAUCAGAGUUACCUCUGAAAGAGUUGAAAAUAUGUCUAUGAGGCUGGAAGAAGUGAAUGAAAGAGAACAUUUUAUGAAAGCUUCUCUCCAGACAGUCGACCUCCGGCUCUCUCAGCUGGAAGAGCUCUCUGGUCGGAUGGUGAAUGCUCUGGAGAAGCUGGCAGGCAUCGACAAAUCCGAGCUGACGUACACACGCUCACGGGCUUCGUCAGAGUGUGACGCUGCUUAUCUCCUGAGGCAGAGCAGUGUGAAUAGCUCUGAUGGCUACAGCAUGUACAAAUACCACAUCAGUGGCGAUGAGCUGACCUAUGAUGACAGCACCACGCCUAUGUCACCAGCCAUGCGUAAAAAAGCCCACUCUAUUGGUACCAAAGAAGAUGGAGCAGACCCAAGGAUGCUGGUUCCAGAACACCAAACUGGGCUCCAUACCUCGAGUGCUAAUGCAGUCACUACAGCAGAUCACAGUAAAUCCACAUUAGAAAUUGCACAGAAUGUUUCCAGACCUCAUUCUGAUUCAGGCGGUUUGGGGAGUGAGAAGCAGGGGGUUUUCAGUAGUGAUGGAAUGAUUCCUCAAAGUGUAAACCAGAUGAAUGCUGUUACAAACAGUCAGUCAGUAGCAGGGACAGAUUUUCAGAACACUCAGUUAAAAGUAGAACGUACCAAGUUAGAAGCAACUAUCUCUUAUCCCUUGGACAAAUCCAAAGCAAUGCGCUAUUUUCCUCCUGAAACUUUCAGUGCUUGUCAAACCACUAUGAUGAAGUCAAGGAGCUUUAUAUUUGCACAAGGUGGAAAGCUGGUUGGAGGAGUUAACAACUGGACCUCGGAAUAUAGUACCAUUAUGGAUCAGGUGUGCCCUUCUACAAUUGAACAGUGGGCCACUGAGUGGAAAUACGAAGUUGAGCAGCAGCUUUCUCAAGAGCGUCCUCCAGAAUACCCCGGGCUGAUUUCUGAAGCAGAAAGGCAAGCAGAGGAGAAGCAGAUGGACACAGAUGAUGAUAGUAAUGUUGGUGAAGCAGGUAUGAGUGCCUCUUACACCUCUAUGCCUGCCACUGUCAAGGCUGAGAAGGAGAAUUUACUGUCAGUAAAGCCAGAAAGGACUUCUGGGUUCCCAUCAGUACGCUCCAAGAGCUUGCACAGCCAUUCCCGGAAAGCCAAGUCUGUGAAGGACAAAUUAAAUAGACCAGGACAUGCCAGCAGUGUAACUAAUUUGGUGGUAGCAUUUGGCAGUGCGACAGAGGAACAGAAAACCAGGCAAGAAAAUGCAUCCACAGAAACUGAAUGUUAAAGUGGCUUAUGGCCCCUGUUUUACCAAUAGUCGAGAAAGCAGUGACUAAUUGAACAAAUUAGCCAUUUUAAAAUUAAUUUCUAAAGAAGAAUUUUGAAUAUAUGUAUUUAUUUUAAACUUAAUAGAUACAUGUUCUGUUCUUAAAUAAAUGCUUGCUGGGUUGGGUGAAAGGGAGAUGUUCUCUCAGGGGCAGAUAAAAAGUAGGUAUGGUUCACAGAUGCCGACCAUAUAGCUCUUCCUUUAUUCCAUUUCAGCCUCCCUCAUAAGCUCAUUUACUAACAAGCUCUUUAUAAAAGCUCUUAGAGGAAGAGCAAUAUUAUAAUGUAAAGGUUAUCAGAAGAUUUCUCAAACAGAACAAUUUUUAACCAGCCUUAGUUCUAUCUUUACUUAUGCAGCUGGUUUCUUUGUGGCCAUGGUGUUUUUCAGAUCAAAACAAAAUUGUUGGAGGCAAGGAAAAAUUAUGCAGUCCCCUCUUUCACUUCUGAUUUCAUGCAUGCUGCUUAGCUUCUCUUUUUCAGAAUGGCAUGACAUAGCAGUUUUCAUCCACUAAAAUAGGUCAGAGUGGUAAAAUACAGUUGUGUUUGGAGAAAGCUGACCUGGAAAGCCACGUGCAGACAUAUACUUAAUCUGUCCUUGAACUUCAGUGGCAUCAUUUUGCUUUCAGGAUCACAUCUGUCCCCAACCCAAAGCAUGCUGACAGCCUUAAACUGUUGAAAAACAGUGAUCAUUGUUUCAAAAUGCUUUGGGAGAUCUUAAUAAUAGAAAUCCAGGAUCUGCAUUAGUGUUUUGUAUAAAUGAGGAUUACAACAGAAGUCCUUGUAGACUUAGGAUAAGAUUCUGACUUCUUUUAGAUGCCUGCAAGGGAAACAAAACAGAACAGGAAAGGUGUUCUAAUCAGGUGAGAUCAAAAUACACCCGAUCUUUGCUUGAAGCAAAUAUACUGUGACAAAUUCAUCUUCCAUUUUGCAAUUUCAUUAUGACACAAGAGGAAAAAGGAACAGUUUCUAAGUCUGUCUAAACAAAAUAUAGAUUUUCCAGGUGAGAAUAGAAAUUCUGUAUAUUUUCUUGGGUAAAUUUCAAAAACAAAUGUCAAAGGAUAAAAAAGUCUCUACAGCAAAAGUGUUUUGAGGAGUAAGAGUGGAAAUCAACACCCAUAGUUAGAUGUUUCCAGAGCAAUUGUCUCUGCAGUGGCAUUCUAAGUAAUGAGUUUUGAUAGUUUUCUUCAUAAGAGCAGGAUGUUAUUCGCAUCAUUCCUCCCUGUUAAGUUUUAGGAACUUUGAUUUCCCAAAUAUUCAGCACCUCUCUUUGCAGGGGAUGCUUACCACUGAGCAGGUAAUUUUGAAAAUGAGUUAAAGGCAUGUUACUUGUUCACAGAAUACUGCUCAAAGGUUUAUGCUUAACUCAUUACCCAUCAGGACUCAUUCAUAUGCUAUUUUGAAAAGAUCUCAUUUCUUUUUUCACUCACCAUCAGUCCCACAGGCAGGUCUCAAUGUCCUCCUUGACAAUGAUGCUUACAGCAUUUUGAAAUGCAGAGAUUGAUGGAAGACUCUACAAAUGCAUUAAUGGUAUCUGAUUUGUAUUGUUUGCAUUAUAUUUUCAUACUCCAUCCAUACUUAUACUCUGAAGUACUGUUACCAAAUUGAAUGAUUGUGGAAAGUGCAUAGACAUUUCACAAAGUUCAGUCAUCAUUUCUUUUGGAUUUUUACUAUCUUGGUUCUAAGCAGCAGGUUUACUGAUUUCACUGCUGUUGGAACACUGUUGACAUUUUGCUUUUUAUGUGGGCUUCUCUUUUCUUCAAUUUUAGGGAACUUGACAUUUUGUAAGAACAGAAUGACAUUUGAAAUUAUUUCACUUCCAUGUUUACUUCUGUGUUACCAUUCUGUGCAACUACAUAGCCAUUGUGUAUAUGUGGUUAAAAUAGCCUCCAGUUUGCCAAUGCCUUUUUAUUGUUUGCCUGCACAUUCACCAGAAAUGGAUUCAUUAACAAACACAAAGGGAUGCAGCUUUUCAGCACUGUGCUAAACAAGCAGUAUGCAUUGUGGAAUGGAAUACAGUGUGUUGCAUACCUCUUGUAACAUUGUCUUUAUAACAUGUGUGUUAAUCAUGCUUUUGACCAAUUAAUUUUUUAGCAUUUACAUUGAAAAUUUAUCUGAUAGCAUGUAGAUUUCAAACGAAAAUAUUUUUCCUUUGUAUUUAUAUACUUCCUUUGUGUAAAAAUAUUUAUAAAGAAACACAUGAAAAAUACGGCAAAUUAAUUCAAUAUACCUUUUUUUUUUCUUUAUAAUGUCAAAACACUUCCCUAAUCUGUUUCUUCUUAUGCAGUGCAUGGGCCAAACAUUUUCUAAGCAAAGUUUCUUUCUUAACACUUGCCAGUAAUUUUUCAUAAAAUUUUCUAUAUAGGGAUGAUUUUAAGAGGUUUGGAUUUUUCCUGUGCUCUCACACAGCAUGAACUGAAUGACAAGCUCUCUGCCAUUUCCUGUGAAGUGAUCACACUGGCUUUGGCAGAGUCAUUUUAGACAUAGAGCCAUUUAAAUAAGAUUUAAACAUGGUUUUGUAUGUGCAUAGAAGACAAAUAAUAGAUUUGGAGCUCAUUAAGCAGAAUAAUGACCAACACAUUUGCAUAUCUGCCUCCAUGCUUUCUUGAAUACUGGCUGAAAGGAUGCAGGCAGCGAAUUUGCAUUUCUGAAGAGGCAUGUUUAAUACUGCUUUUCAGGAAGAUGUGUCCCACUUCACUGCUAAGCAUGUGGUGACUUCACAGCUAUGUCACUGUGAAUUCCAUUGUCCUGAUUUAUUAUGUGCUUGACCUAUAGUGAAGCAGGUCAAGCUGAAAGGGUGUGUACUCCAGGGCUAUGUCUAUGCAGAGAUACUACUCUGAGGUAAUUUAAAUUUGUUCAUCUUAUAGUGUCUUGCAAUACAGACUUUUCCCUUUCCCUUGAGGCAAAUGUUUUCAACACAGUGAUUAAUGGUCAUAUUUGCAAAGGCAGGUUCAUGACUCUACCACCUGAUUCCAUGAAUUACCCCUUUUUACAUUGCAUCAUUCAGGGACUAGCUUAGCUUUGUCCUCACAAGUCUCUCCUGUUGCAGAGUCACUCUAUCCAUUUUAGAAGCUGGAUUUUGAUACCUGAGAAUCAAGAAAGUCCAUUUUCCAUAUUAUUUACUAAUUCAUUAAAGUAGCCACUGAAACCUUCCAACUAUGGUUUCUCCAUGCUGCUUAUUUGGAUACUUUCCAAGGUUCUGUGCUUGACUAUCAUCUUUGGCAAAAUAUUUAUCUGUUCUUCUAAAUAAAAAUAAAAAGAACACAUCUUCAAGGCCUUGUCAGGAAACAGGAACAUGAGGAAGGUGCAUGACCAAGAGUGUUAACAGGAACAUUUCAUUAUCUCUGAUGAAUGACAGGACUGUGCCCUGUUACAGGUGUUCUGGGCUGACACAAAGCCAGUGUGCUGCUGGAGCCCUUUAUGUGGAGCAGGUGAGUUUUCCAAAUGACAGUUGCCCUUGGUUGGACAGUGCUGGGGUCCCACAGAUGCUUCUGCAGUACUGUCCUGUCCAGCAGGUCACUUCUGCCUGAAUUAGUGUGCAUUCAAAAGCUGUUGGGAGCCUUGAGUGUAAAGGUGAGAAUUUAUUGUUAGUGUAAAAAGUUUUAACAGUCUAAUAUAAGAAUUGUUAUUAGUUUUGAUCUAUCUAAUUAGAGAAGAGACAAGAACAGAGAACAGAAAAGAAUACUACUAUGCUACUAAUGGAAAAACAGAAAAAGCUAAAGUUAUUCCAUGCAUACUUCCUACUAUCUACACCUUAUUUUGAUGUUUAUUGGCACCAGGUCUGAUCCUCUGGGUCUAAUGGUCAGUGGCUACAGUGAGGAUAGUGAGGACAUACUGCCAGCUGUCAGCAUCCCAGGUCCUUUGUAGAGCAUGAUGUUCAUGUUGUUUCUUUGUCCUUAUUUUUUGCUAAUUUAGGGGCAUUUUUAUGUGAGCUGCAUAGUUAUAUCUUGUUUUUCAUCACUGGCCUUUAAAUCCUACAAAUAAAAAAAUCCUCAUGAUUAGAAAAAUUGGUUUCACAGCUAAACAAAUGAGGGACAGCUUGAAGGAGGUUAAGGCAAGUUCAGACAAAGCAGUCCUGUCAAGCCUCAGUCCUGAGGCCUUACAAAGUCAGCAUAAGGCCUGAGGUCUGUUACUAGCAGUGACAAAUAGCCUCUGCUUGCUGGGUUGUGAGGCUACAUCAGCCCUAGGGAUGUUUUCUUCUCACUCCAACCAUUACAGAUAAAUACUCUAUCACAUGCAGCAGUCACCUAAGCUGAAAAUUCAGCCAAAUUGUGGAUUUUGAUCCCCUAUUGUGAUCCAGCAUCAGACAGGAAGGCAAAAGCAAUGUAAGGACCUGGCUGAUGUGGCCAUUUAAAGACCAUUUCAAAUGGUGCCAGGCAUGGGGGUUUGGGGUAGUCAUAAAACAGUAUCCAGCAGUACUUUGCAUUGUAGGCUGACAAAUCACAAGCCUUGGGAGAAGUGAGACAAAGAGUACACAUUUUCUUAAAACUGCAAUUUUAUUUUGCUUUUUUCAACUUUUAGCUUGAUCUUCAGAGUUUCAUAUGGCAAAGUGGUACUUUAUGGUUGAUGCCCUCUAUCUUUACAAUGGAUAUAAGGUAUGUCUUCAUAACAGGCUUUAAAUGAUUCUUUGCAGAUGUUCACCUGAAAUAGUUAAGUGCUGGUAUGCACCUAGUGCUUGGUGUUGGAGUAAUGAAAAAGAGGGUGUAUUAUUUUAUGUGCCUGCUCCUCUUUUGUCUCUGCAACACAAAACCCCCAAUAAAACCACAGUGCUUCAUCCUU